AUGGCAGGCAAACGCACAGGUCCACCGAGGGCCGCUGUCGACGUAGAAGCAGUGCCACGGAGGUCUGCUCGUCUUGCACGAAGCCCAGCACUACAGACGCCUGCCUUUGCUAGCAGGGUCUCGAAGUGGGGUCGCAACAGGAGCACAAGCAUUCAAAGCCAAAGACUACGAUUCCCAUCCCGCGAUGAGCCAACUCAGCAUCGAGCAACUGAAGAGAAGCCCCCGGCGCCCUCGGCACUCGUGACGCUCCCAAAUGAGCUGCUGUACAUGUGCUUAGAACACGUAUGGCCAGAAGAAACUAUCGACGUGUCGGCCCACGUCUUCCCUAGCAAAUAUGACCCGGACCUGCCUUCAACCUGGGACCACGGCUUGCUUACGUCAUGCAAGUCACUCCGCCACAGAACUCAACACUGGCUUCGCAAGAACAGGACUGUGGUAUGCGCGACCGGAUACUACUCCUGCCCAGAUGGUGAUCUACGAAAGAUUUUCAAGGGAGAUAUGAUCAGCUGUUUCACUCACGUCAGGAUGACCAUAAAUUGCCGCGAGGUGUAUUCCCUCUUCCCGCGAGUGGUUAGCACUAUAGCCUGCUUCAACGCUAUGCACGAUACUACCUUUCUCGACGUUUUCAUCAUCUUCUCGAAAUCCAAGAAUCCUGAGGACACCUAUCCUCAUUGUUACUUUCAUGCGGGUCGGGAACUGCCACUUGAUUUUGCCCAAAUAGCGUCAUUGCACCGGAUUCACAUCAGAGAUACCGAAAGUCCAAAGCUCCUACCUGGUACUGAGUCUGCUACUCGGGCAACCUUUGGAAGCUUUCUGGUUUCUAUCCGGAGGCGCAAAUGGUUCGAAGACGUCUACAAUGUCUUGCACACUCUCUGCAUGGAAGACGUGCGUUCCGGUUCCCAUACGGACAUUCGAAUGGUUCGCAGACGUCUACGAGAUCUUGAGCGCUCUGGGGAUGGAAGCUCUCAGGUCGCGUGA